UCACGCUACUCGAUUACCAAGCUCCAUUUCUAUCUAUCACUGGCAGGGUAUACUAGUUUUCAUAACGGAAUACUUUCGCAAAUCUUGAACAUUGCUGGUACGAUGUCAGAUGAUAAACUGAAUCUUUCACAAUGGCUACUUUGUUGGACAAAAUGCCCCAAAGCACAAGCCACUUCUUAAUCUGCGACCAGAAAACGAGCACAAGUAUCGACAUCCCGGAAAGACAGAUUUACGGCGUGAAGUGGGACAUAUAUAUUGACAUCACUUACUGCAAGAGCAUACAUGGCAUCCUCAAUGCUGCGAUAACGGUUGUUUCUCUGAUUGGCUGGGUGUCUUCGCUCAAUGGCGUCAUCUCCAGAGACAGUGGUUCUGGACAUGGAUUCUAUGAAUUUGUGUCAGGCUCCGUCUUCUUCUCAGGGAUCGUCAGCUACUUCAUCUACUCCAUCGUCAUUCACAAAAAUAUAAGAUUCAACUUUGAUCCCUGUAAGGACAUGAUGUGGUAUUCUGUGUGGUCCGUUUUAUACUUCAUUGCGUCAAACAUGGUGGAAAACGACAAGUGUGAUGCGUGUGAGUCUGUUGCGGUAUUUGGUUACACGGCCGGUGUACUUUGCAUAGCUAAGGUCAUGUGGUCUUACAAGGCUUGGCACCAUGACCGUUUUGGUGGGUGUCCAGACCCGGCUGGCAGAGCUGCCCAGCUCCACGUUCUGCAGCAGCACAUAUACGAAAACUCAGUAUUACUAUGAUGUUGAAAUGUUCGAAGAUCACAACAGCCCCUUUAUUAUAACCUUAAUGGAUGGAGUAAUAGAAUGGCGAAGAGACAUAAAGUGUACAGGAACGCCUUGAAGAUUUUGAAUAUCUUAAUUCCUAUAGAAGCUCUUUUUCAGCUACGGUGGGUUUUGUGGAUUCAAAUUAAGAGCAAAAAUAUUUUUUUAUGAAACAAUAACAAUUUUUAUUAUUUUCUUAUUAUUGGAUAUUUAUAUAGCGCACAUAUCCACGCACUAGCGCAUGCUCAAGGCGCUGGUAUUUUCAAUAAUCCAACAAUGCACGCUGUGUGGCACACAAUUUCCUUCUGACAAAAGGCUAAUUACUAUUUUCAAGACACAUCAAGCAUACUGCAGCAGUCCAAUCUGUUUGAUUGGCAUUUUAGAAGUUGGUGAGUAAUAAGAUUCUAAGAUUCUUUAUGGAUAACAACUUCUUCUUUUUAUAUGAUG